AUGCAGUGUCACUUUGUACUCCCUGUCCUUGCCCCACUUUAUGACCAAGAAGAGCUGGCGAUUGAGGAGGAAUUGAGGCAGAAUGUAAAAGCUGUUACUAAGGGAAGGAGCCAAGCGGCUCGGAGCAGCCAGCGGCCCUCAGACACUCGCGCGGGGAGAAGGUGCCCAGCCGCACGGAAAUGGGCGCCAGAGAAAGCAGCGCCGCCGCCGCCGCCGCCGAGGGAAGGGAGGGAAGGGAAGAACGGAGCCGGGAGGCGCGGCCAGGCCAGGCGAGGAGGAACGGAGACGGCCUGCUGCGGCCGCCCGGCAAAACAAACCCGCUGCUCCGGCAGCGCGGGGGACCCCUGCCCCCCUCUCUGCUCACAGCCACCCUCCCCGCGCUCCUCCGAGCAGGCGCUGCGGCAUUCGGGGCCGAGCGUGAAGGGAGGCGGUUGCGGGGAGUCCUCCCGCGGCCCUAGCAGGAAGGAGAGGCCGCCUGGGCCUGCCGGCGGCCGCACUCCGCCAGCUGCCAGCGGCCUGGGCCAGCGAAAUAUCGGCAGGCACCGCAGGCCCAAUGCGACCAGGCGGCGUGGCGAAGCCUUGGAAGGUCUUCUAGGAAAGGCAUUAAUUGCUCUGUGUUGCCAAAGCGCUUAUGUAAAUGCAGGAUUUAACGUGGUGCUUUUACUUCUUUUUCUGUGCUGCGUCGCGGCUGGCAAUGGAGCCUGGCACGGGGGAGCCAGGCCUGCGCGCUGUGGGGCUCCGCAGGGCCCGUCGCACGCCCGGCUCCGUUACGCACCUACCCUGUCAUGUCGUUUAACGCACGUAAUCCUCUGCUGCCACAGCGUUGUGCCCAGCCUGGGCGCUGUUCAUUUUUGGAAGCGAAAUGCUGUUUGUCACUUGUAUCGCAGGAACUACAAACACCAUCUUCCCAUCCAUCUGCUGAGCAGCGACAGCGUGCUGAACUGAAGUCAUCUGGCUGAAGGUUUCCGUGGUCUGGUGCUUCUCCAAAUGUUCAGUCACCGCUCUGGGGUGCCAGACGCUGGGUUUUAACGCAACAAUGUACUCGACUGGGGGACUACCUGAGUACACCUUCUGCUCCCCAGAAUCUGCAGAGUGCAUUCAGGCAGAGUAGUGCUUUAAUAAUUACACUCCAUCCGUUUUGUUCUGCUUGCCUUUCUUUUACAAAGGCGAACACCUCACAAGACUCUGCAAAGGCCUUAUGUUGUGUGAUGAGCUUUAGACCUUGCAGUUCUAUUGCCCAAAUAUGCAGCUGGGCUCACACUUACUGGGGCCAUUUCCAAAGUGUACAGAAGGGAGGAUCUUGCUUGCACAGGUUUCCAAGAAUGAAUGUUGGGUAACACAGGGCAGUUGAGCAGGUUAUGAUUUACGGCAGGUUGUUCAGUGAGUGAGCUGAGCUUAGGGAGUUGGCUUUGCCUUGAGUCAGGAGAGGCACUUCUAAACAAUACCUGUUGUUACAUUUCCUUGCCCAAAGUCUCUCAGCAGUAAGAAAGAUGAAAUUAAGCCCUAACUUUUAGCUGUAAAACUGGACCAGAUCUCAGGUCUUGGUUCAUCCAUGUGUUUAAAUAAAAACCUGCCUACAGCCUGCUUCAGUAACACAGCUGCUCACAUUCAGUGGCUCUGCCAUUUCAGCUACUGGGAAGUCUUCUCACAGCCAUAUUUGUAAGAGACAUCUACAAAAUAGUUGAAAUUAGUUGUAACAGCGAGUGCUCAGCCUACUGAGCACAUACAAGCAAAUAUUUGCAAUAACUGGACCGGUGUUUGCACAGCACCAAGUACACUGCUCGGACUCCAUAAAUAAUAAUUCUUGGCAUUCACAGUGUGGUUUCCAUUUUCAAAGCACUUUAGUCAUAACCCUUGACACCUAUAUGGCCUUUUACAUCUUUACAA